UCAUUUUCCUCACCCCCACCCAAAUCUGCGCGCCUCUUCAACUCCUUCAAAGAACACCACCCUCUAAGCUUCUGCAAAGCGUCAAAAAUACUACUUAAUAUCUCACCAUAUGGAAUGCACAGCACCACAAGCCACGAAUGCAACUCUAAUUGCAGCGUGGCACCUCGAGCUCUAUAUAUAUCAUCACAUUCUUCUCUUUCUUGUUCAACACAUUUCUCACCGCUAAUGUUUCAGUUUUCUCGUUUACUAUUAUUGAAAAAUUAACAAAGAUAUGACAACCCAAGUUCAGAAAAACUUCUCCAAUUACUUCGAGAAUUGGAUGAGUCAACUUGAAGAGUUCCUCAGGCUACUUCUCAUUGUUCCAAAGGAAAUUUCACACGUCAAAGAUCAUGAAACCUUGGUAAACAAAAUGACCGCACAUCACAAAGACUACUAUACUGCCAAAUGGGCAGCGGCACAUGAAGAGAUCUUGUCAUUUUUCCAUCCAGUGUGGUUAAGCCCUUUGGAAAAUGCUUACUUAUGGGUCACUGGCUGGAAGCCAUCAAUGGCCUUUCGCCUAGUUGGUGCUAAUUCCGAGUUGAGUGAUGAACAGGUGAAGAAUAUUGAUGCUUUGAAGGCGAAAAUUAGAGCAGAGGAAGAGAGAGUAGAGAGAGAAAUGGAAAGGCAACAAGUGGCGUUGGGGGAUAGAAAAAUGGUGGAAUUGGCAAGGUUAAAUAGCAGUAGAGUGAGAACAAGUGGUUGCAGUAGUGACUCUGACUCAAAUAAUCCGUUGGAUAGGCUAGUAGAGGUGGCGUUGAAAGGGCUAAUGGUAGGUUUAGAGAGGGUGAUGAAAAUGGCUGAUUGCGUUAGGCUUAAGACGUUGAAGGGCUUGUUGGAUAUCUUGAAUCCUACACAGUGCGUGGAUCUCUUGGCUGCUAUUUCAAUGCUUCAAAUAAAGAUGAGGAAAUGGGGCAGAAAAAAAUAAAAUCUUUGCAGUUAAAAUUUGAAUAUUAAUAUAUUACUCCUAUAGUUUUCCUGUACAAUUUGGUUAGGUUUAGCUAGUAUGAGAGUAGAGGAUGAUGUUUGUGUGCGUGACAUUUUCUUUUUAUUGCAACGGCUUUUUAGCUUUUGUUACUGUAAUAUACAAUCUUGAAGCACUUUGUUACUGUAAUAUACAAUCUUGAAGCACUUUGUCUGUC